AUGCCCUCGAUCGAUUCCUUCGACGGCACAACGGGUCCAGUCGACCAUUUGGAGGCCUACAGGACCCUUAUGAUCCUCGAUGCUUUUCCUGAUGAGAUCAUGUGUCAGGCUUUCCCCAUGAUGCUUAAAGGAUCGGCUCGACUGUGGUUUAGUCAACUACCACCAGAUUCUGUCUCUACUUUUCAAUACGUAAGUGAUUCCUUCUUGAGCCAUUUCAUUGGUGCUCAAUGCCAGUGGCACCUGGCAACUCAACUGCUUAAUAUCCGACAGACGGAAGGGGAGUCACUACGUAGUUUUGUCAUCUGUUUCAACACUGAGGCCCUACAGAUGGCGGAAAAUCACGACAAGGUCAUCCUCACAGCCUUCAUGUCCAGCUUACCACCAUCCGAUUUCCUAUUCUCCCUCUCUAAAAACCUUCCAACCACCAUGGCCACCCUCCUUUCCAAAGCCCAAAAGUAUAUGGAUAUCAAAGACUCUUUGGCAGCCCGCCAAGAUGCUACACUUAAAAAUCCAACCCCUAAGGACAAAAGAAAGGAAUCCGAAACCAGAUCCCCUCAAUAUACUGACUGA